AUGCUAUUUUUGAGACAUAAAGUUCAAAAGAUGUUAUUAUUGACAAUUGCCCAUUAUUUUAUAUCUAGUCAUGUAUAAACACUUGAGGAUUUAAAUACGUUUGAAUUGACCCAUCAAAUAACAAUUCCAGUAUAUCGAAAAUUUACAAUUAAUUAUCUUUACUCAAUUCUAUCAUUGAUUAUUGUAUUUUUCCGUCGACAUUUCAGGCCCCAGGUUUCUCAAAGAAAAAUAACAAUCAUUUUAAUAAGAAUACAAAAAAAUAAUAUGAAUUUAGAGCCUAUCGUGUCUUGUUCGUAAAUAUAAAAGGCCCCCAUACUCAUCUAUUGUCUCUUCACCUCUUUUUAAAAAUCAAUAUAUCUCUCUCUAGUCUCUACAAGCUCAAUGCCCCAAGUCGAUCUCGAAGCUUUUGUUUCUUCAGUAUGCGCCGGUGGUUCAGACCGGAAGAUCGCAUGCGAGUCCACCUACGUCGACGACCCGGACACUCAACCUUACUACAACAAAAACUCCGCCGCGAGUCCGGCUGAUUUUCCACCGGAAUCUUAUUACAUAACCAAAGAUGCUCAGUUCGAGUGGCUCACCGACAACGCCUUCUUCGACCGCAAAGAAUCACAGAGAGGAAGCUCAGCACACAUCAGCUCCAACCCCAACUCGAACCCGAGCUCUCAGCGGUUUCUACUCAGCUCCAAAGCGUCCAUCAUCGGUUUGCCGAAGCCGCAGAACACGUGUUUAAAGGAGGCGAAGCAGAGGAGAAACGGCGGCAAAAAGGAAAAGAACAACAUAGUCUUCUUGAAACGGGUCGGGUCGAGAAUGAAGUCGGAUCCUUCGCAGCUCGAACCGUCUUCUCCUAAAGUCUCUUGCACCGGUAGGGUGAGGUCCAGACGAGAAAGAAGCCGACGUAUGCGCCGUCAGAAAUCGGUUCGACCGGAGAAGUCGAACCGGGUCAAGAAACCCGGUUUAUUAGCGAGUUUCAGAGCCAUCUUCAGGAGCAGAGGUGGCUGCAAAGACGGGGCCCACGCGGCGCCGAUUAUGGCACGCGACGACAUCAGGAGCCGGCUUCCUGUGAAAGAGGUUGAACCGGUUGUGGUGCCCGGUUUGGGUGGGAUGAACCGGUUUGCUUCUGGAAGGAGAGGGGAUUUGUUGGGUGGAUGACAAGUGUAGUGUUAGUGAUUGGUUGUCUUGUUCUGGUGGGACCUGUGUUUUAGUUGUGUGUUUUGAAAAGUCGUUGGCGCUGACGUGGCGAGUGGUUAACGUUUUUCAGGAACACGGCACCGCGUAGGCGGUGUGAAUCCUACCCACCACACUGUGUGCUAAGUGUUCUGUUUUGUAUAUUGUUUAUAUGGAGCCGCUGUCUUGCAUUCAGUCAUUAAUGUAGAUUUUUUGUAUUUAUGCAACAGUCAAGUAUUUUUUAUUUCAAAAGUGAAUUUACGGUCCCUACUUUAGUUUA